AACUUCAAUUGCAUGCUCUCCCAAACGUCACUCUCACUUAUCCUUGAUAUCCAGUUUUCGAACUUUCUGUUCCUUGCCCGAUUGCUUAUGGCCUAACCUCCCACCCACUACUGAAUGGGGUUAUGGAGUAUGUGGACCCGACACAUGGCCCAGCAAGUACCCCUCAUGCCGGCGGGAAAAGUCAAUCUCCGGUGGACAUCGUUUCUUCGCGGGUGAAGGCCGUGGAGUUCGACAACACCCUGCAGUUCAAAUAUGGUCCGGACCUCACCAAGACGAUCAUCAACACGGGCUGCGGUUGGCGGGUCGAUGUCCAUGGCACGCAAUCGGAAUUAGUCGGUGGCCCAUUAUCUCAUGCAUACGAAUUGGUGCAAUUUCACUGCCAUUGGGGAAACACAAAUUCUGUUGGUUCCGAACAUACAGUUGAUGGAAAAGCAUUUGCUGGAGAAUUGCAUUUUGUUCAUUGGAAUAAAGAAGCAUUUGCAAGUUGUGCAGAAGCUGUUCCAUCACCUAAGGGUCUAACAGUUAUUGGUGUGCUCUUGGAGGUGGGUGAAGAAAAUCCUGAAAUCCAGAAACUAUGUGAUGUGCUUCCAAACAUUCCUGUCAAAGAUGACAGAACUGAUCUCCCGAGUGAUAUUGAUCCAGCUGGAAUGUAUCCUGCUGAUCGUUCUUUUUGGACCUAUAGUGGAUCUUUAACUACCCCGCCUUGUUAUGAAAGUGUAACUUGGAUCCUCUUUAAAAACCCAAUUACUGUUUCUGAAGAACAGCUAAACUGUUUCAGGCAGAUGCGGAAGACGGCCGUAUCCGACAGCGACGAAGUUGCCGGUCUCGUCGAACGUAACUUCAGACCUUCACAGUCACUCAACGACAGAGAAAUUUGCGAAUGCGCUUGUUGAGUAUUUGUUGAAUUAUUUAGAAAAGAAUAUAUCUAUGACGUUCGUUAGUUAUAUGAAUUGUUGACUGCCACAGAAUAACGAAUAUUAUACUGUAAUGAGCUGAGCAUGUACCAGACUUUGGGAACCGAUAUAGUGAGUUGUUUGAAUUCUGAAAAACUGCUUGCAGAAAUUGCUAAAUGUAUGUUUAUUUAUUUAUUUAUUUAUUUUUAAGGUACAUUAAUCAUAUGCUUCAAAGUUGAAAUUGUUGUGUCAGAAAAGAAAUCUUCUAUCCAAAGCAAGAGAAAUGGUGUAGUUUCAAACUGUUAGUAGAUCAGAAUUAUGUGUCUUGCUUGCAUAGCUAAAGUUGAUCUUCUACAGGGACUUUUGGUGAUAACAGUCCUCACAUGAAUAUAAAUUGCCACUUUGGGAUUGGCGAUAGUGUUAACAUCAAAGGUCUUGGAGUUGACCCUCCCUUUUACUAUAUUAUAUCCCCUGCUUGCAUGUCAACAAUUUAUUCUGUAUAUUGUUGAAGCUGGAGGAAAAAAAUUCUUUUUUAAAUCAUCCCAUCUCUGUGUAUUUAUAUUUGUAUAUACUAAGAAAAAUUAACAUAAACUGC